AUGCACCUCCGAAAUAAGUUCAAGUACACGGGACAAGAGAGGACCAAGAGAACUUCAAAUGCUUCCAAGGAAACCUCUUCCAGAACAGCCCUACCCGGCUCCCUUCCCCACUCGCCAGACAAGGGGCAGCCGGGGAAUCAAGGGAGCCGCCUGAAUGCCCAGCCGGCCGCGCGCCAGCCCCCUCCCUUACCUGCGCCUCCCGCCGCGGCCCCGCCGGCCACCCUCCACCCCAGCCCCCGCUUCACCGGGCCCAAGCACAGGAAGGAAGCUUCAGAGCCCAGCACCGCGAUUCUCAGGCAGCCGGCGGUUGCGGCAGGAAGCAAAGCUGCUUACAUGGUUGCUGCGGCUUCUCUCGUCCGCCCCCCCCAGGAUCCGCCCUCUGUUCCUCCUCCCCUCCAAUCCGUAACUCUCCCGGGCGCCGGCUCCGCCCUCCCUGCUCCGCCCGCACGACGUUCGGAUCAGACGCUCAGGCAGAAGGAGUCCAACCCAGAUAGAGUCGUGCUCAACACCUUGACCGAGAUUAGGCCGCCUCAGCCUUCCUAG